CCUGCGGCAAGUGCCAUCACUAGUUUUCAAGCCAAAAAUGGCGAAGUUUUCAUUCUCAUUUCAACUAGAUUGCGAGCGUACAUUCUAAAAAGUGAACGGAAUUAUCACAACGGGAUUGUUACGCCGGAUUAAGUGAAAAACGAAAACUAGUGCGGCAUCCGUGAUCCGGCAUCGCAAAAGGCCGAAUGUGGGGACAUUGGCCACCGACCGCCGUAGCGGCUCCGAUAUCUGCACCUCCUCCGCAACCGUCGGCCCCACCGCCGCUGCCAGAUGCCCCGCCCCCUCCACCACCCGCUGACGCGUCUUCGGGAGCAACCGCUCAGCCGGCAGUUGCAGGAGUAGGUCCACCACCCAAUACCACUACACCAUCGACCAAUGAUGCGGCUGCCUUCAACCCCUAUGUCAGCGGACAGGCCACAGCUGGUGGGGCCGGGGCUGGUAACCCCUACGAACAGUAUACGGCCGCGCAAUACGCAGCCAUGACCCCGGAGCAACAAUACGCUCUGCAGCACCACUGGCAUCAGUGGCAGACCUACCAGGCGGAGUACGCUAAAUGGCAUGCCCAGUACGGCGAACAGUACAAACGUGAAAUGGCCGCCGCCGCUGCCGUAGCCUCGAGUUCCACUGUCCAAGGUGUUCCCGCACCCGUGCCAGCGGAACCUGCGCCAACUCCCGCCCCUGUGGUCGCUGUAGCCCCUGUGGUCGCUGUGGCCCCUGCCCCAGGGCCACAAGCCUAUCCCGUCUCUCAGAACUAUUACCAGGGCGUUACUGUCUCACCGGCUCCUGCGACCACACCGAAUCCCAUCCCAGUUGGGCAACCGGUGCCAGGUAAGAUUACGGCCCAGCCGCAGAUGUACAACCAGCCGCCGCCGCCGCCACCUCAAAAGUCUGCCUACGACCAGUCAAUUCAAGGCAUGUGGCCAGGACCACCAUCUAUGCAGCAGCCACCGCCCAACAGAUACGGUGGCGGGCCAAUAAAUCCGAUGACCUACAAUAAUGUCGGAUCGGACAACCAUGGCUUUCCAAAUCUCCAGCAGCCACCUCCUUCGCUGCAGAGACCUCCACCACAGCAGCCGCCAAACAUGAUGGAAAACCAGUGGGGAAAUGGCAAUCCCCGCAGUGGAGGUAACAAUAAUCGUCCUCUCUGGGAUCCAAGUGGUCCACCGCCCGAUACUUCCGUACCACCAGGUCGCUGGGAUGGGCCACCGCCACAGAACAAUCGCUGGAAUGGACCGCCACCGGUAAACAAUAGCAAUGACAACAAUGCCCGUUGGGAUGGGCCAUCCAAUCAAAUGCCGUCUGGUUCAGAUCAGCAGCAUAACCGCUGGAUGAGCGGACCACCGCCCGGCGAUCAUAGUGUCAAUCAGCAGUUCCAGAAUCGCUGGAUGAGCGGACCUCCGCCGAGUUUAAAGGAUCCCCAGCAGGAUAAUCAGCAGCAGCGUCAAAGCAAUACAAGCCAGCUACAGAAUCGCUGGCCAAAAAAUAAUUCCGAUAUGGACGGACCACCAAUGGAGGCUAACAGCAAGCAGAACAGUUUUCUGAGCAAUCGAAGCAACUGGGGGCCACCGGACGAACGAGGUGGAGGAAGAGGAGAAGGCACUUCUAAUUCAUUCAACAAUAGCUCGCAGUUAGAUUUUAACCAAGAUCGGACGGGCAACUACAACAGCAACUUUGGCAAUAGUUACAAUAAUAAGGAGCAGGGUGGUGGUGGCGGAGGAGGAAGUAACUUUAGCAGUGGCGGAGGCAGCUUUGGCAGUAUCGGUGGAGGCCUCCAAGGCCGGGAUAAUUUUGGUGGCAGAGGAGGAGGACCUGGACCAGACAAUUUUGGCAAUAAUAAUAAUCGUCGUCAGACCAACCGUUGGGAAAAUAACCGCAACCAAAACCAGGGAUAUUCAGAUGAGAGAGGAGGAGUUGGUGAUUCCGGUCCAGGAGGCUAUAAUCAAAAUCGAGGAAAUUUCAAUCAACGGAACAACUUUAACCGUAGCCAACAACAGGGUUCCGACCUGGACGAAGCCAGCUUCGAUCGCCUGUUCGACCAGUGGGAGCAGCAGUUCGAGGACUGGAAACGGGCUAAUGCCAAUCAUCCCGAUCGCGAUGAGUAUCGCCGCUAUGAGGAAGAGUUCGAGAAACAGCGCCGUCGCAUUGUGGAUAGAAGGGAGCAGAUGCGCCGGCGUCGCCAGCAGCAGAUGGGUGGUUCGACAGGACCAGGAUCCUCUACAGAUGUACAAAAAGAAAGUUCUGGGCCACCGAAACCCGAGGAACAAGAGAAAAAUGAUGAACCAUUCAGAGGUCCAAACAAAUUCGGUGACAAGGGAUCUGGACCCAAUUUCGGACAUGGCAACAGACCACCUGGGCAUCCUGGCCCAUUUGCGAACGAGAAUCACGCCUUCGAAAGCGCCGGAGUUCCUGCCUUUAGAGCCAACCAAGGGCCACCACCAGUAAUGCAGAAUCAAUACCAAACCACUCAGCAAACCAUCCAAGAGAAAUUGGACACACAGCCAGGACAAGAGAAGUCCAAGGAUGACCAAUCAUCUGUUUCAAAUGUAAAUGCUACUGCUGCCGUUACGCCAGCUCCCCCAGUAGCUCCUCCGGUCCUUCCGCCGCCCGAAGUUGCAGCUCCAGCUGCACCAGUGGUGUCAGCGCCGGCUCCACCAGUGAUGCCAGCUCAACCAGUGCAGCCUCCUUCGACAUCCAAUCACCUCGGUAAGCGCCGGAAAUCUCCUGGACCUAGCUCUACUCCUGCUAAGCAGGCCAAAGAACCGGAGGAGCCAAUAUUUACCAUUUCCCUGGACGACGACGACGACGAUGACGAAGAAGAGGAAGCUGAAAAGUCCGUUGAAGACACGCCCAUGGGCAGCAUCUUUAAGAAGAGCGACGGCAUCCCUGGUCUGGAUUUGGUUGACGAUGGAGCUGACAAGAAUCCAUCGUCUGUGUUUGAUGUGGGGGCCAAGGAUUCAGACGAAAAAGUAACUAAUGACGCUUCUGUAGCCAAGGAUGAUUCUUCGGACAAAAACAACGAAUCGCUAAGCAAAGCCCUCAAGGACCCGAAGUUUCUCAACAAUCUCACCCAGGCGGUGGCAAAUGUUCAGGAGCGCGAACAGCGUGGUCGGCUGAAUGAGCAGGAGGAUCAGGAGCAACAGCAACAGCCACAGCAACAGCAACAGAAUCGGGAAACGGAAACCGAUGGACGUCCAUUGUCGUUCGCCGAGUGGCAGCGCCAGAAGAAUGGUGGAAACGAUUCUAGGUCGCAGGAUUCCCGCGACUCGACAAGUCAGAAUGAGAAUUCCGCUGACAAUACUGACAACAAAGGCCCGCCAGGGCAGGCUCAAGGCGGAGGCCCGGGUUCUGGUCCUGGGCCUGGUCACCGAGGUCAGCCAAAUUCUGGACCUGGUCUAGGUCCUGGUCCCAACGACGGAUCCCGCUUUGAUAACUUUGGAUCGAAUCAAGUGCCUGGCGGCAACUUUAUUGACUUUGACAAUGGCCCCGGUUAUGGUCCACCUGGCAGAAACUUUGGACCCAACGGGCCAGGAUCACGCGGACCACCCCCCUUCGGACCAAACUUUGGUCCUGGUCCAGGAGGACCGCAUUUUGGACCCAAUGGGCCCGGUCCAGGAGGCCCGCAUUUUGGCCCCGGUCCAGGAUCAAACUUCAGGCCUAAUGGUCCCAACUUUGGUCCGAACUUUGGACCGAAUUUCGGUCCGGGACCAGGUCCUCGUAACUUUGGACAUCGCGGUCCCGGUGGUCCGUUUGGACCUCGACGCGAUGACUUUGGCGGCCCGCCGUUUGGCGGUCCAGGACCCAAUUUUGGACCAGGAAACGGUCCCAACCAUCGGGGAUUCAAUGGCGGUGGCGGUGGUGGACCAAUCAGUGAUAACCCCUUCCGCCGUCAGGGCGGAAAACUAGGACCAGCAUUUGGCGACGAUGACCUUGGCGCAGGACCACCAAGAGGUCCCAGGAAUUUCCCCAACCGCAACAACUUUGGCAGUCCGGGAGGACAGAACAACAAUCGGAAGAACUGGAAUGACGGGCCGGAGCAUCAGUACCUCCCCUUCAGCCAUGACAGCCAGAAUGAGCCCAUCUAUCGACCGAUGAAGGUGUUCGACUAUUCCAAUAACCCAACGGCUACCAAGGUGAUCGAUUAUGGCCACAAGUCGGGCGAUGGAAAUCUCAUCGAGGGGGCUUCCAGUCCCGUUCCCUCUGACCAAAUGCCUGAGUUUAGACCGGUGAAGACCUUUGAGUACGGCCACUCCUCGUUUCUGGGACAAAAUCGCAUGGGAAUGGGUGGAGGAGGAGCAGGAGGAGGAGGAGGAGGAGGAGGAGGUACAAACCAUGGAAUGAUGGGAGGGCCAAAUCGUGGAAUGGCAGCAGGAACUGGAAACUUCAAGCGAAAGAAUAAAAAAAAGAACAAACAGCUUAAACAGCAGGAGGAACGAUUGUCCCAACAGCAAGUCGGACUGCUGCAAUCGGAAUCCAUUGAAGAAAACAGCUCUUCAAAUCCCGAACAGGAUGAGCAGCAGCAGCAGCAAGCCCACUAUGAAUGCAAGGAUCAGGGCGAUGAGUUCUCAGGAAAGAAACCAAAUGAUCUCGAGGAUAUAUCCGAUGGCGAAGAUAAACUGGAUUACCCUGACGAUAACGACGAUAUGCCACCACCGCCAUCAAUGAACAAAUGGAACCAAGGCAAUGUCCAGGAGCAGUUUGAUCAAAAUCAAUUAAUAUUCAACGCCAAUCCGGAGCGCGGACAGUUUGGCGGGGAGAAUGAAUGGUCGGAACCACCGCCGGCAACCAUGUCACUUUUCCCCUCCGCGGCCAAUGCCAAUGAUAAAGUAUCUAAUGCUGGGACAGCUUCCCAUCUUGAGAUGUGCAUUCCAACCAACGAGAAUCGUAAUACCAUCUCUGUGGACGAGGUUCUCUUGAAUCCCGGUCGCCUGACCCGACCCAAACGCAUUUGCAUCAUUUUGCGAGGUCCUCCUGGCUGCGGCAAAUCGUACGUGGCGCGUCUCAUCAAGGAGAAGGAGCUGGAGAUGGGCGGUGCCAAUCCGCGCAUUCUCAGCAUCGAUGACUAUUUCAUCAUAGAAAACGACUACGAGGAGAAAUGUCCCAAAACGGGCAAGAAGAUACCUAAAAAAGAGAUCCUGUACGAGUUCGAUGACAGCAUGGAGGAGACCUACAUGCAAUAUCUCAUUAAGUCCUUCAAGAAGACGCUCAGCGACAAUCUGUAUGAUUUCGUAAUUGUGGAUUGCAACAACAACUCGCUGCGCACGUUGAAUGAAUUUUAUUGCAACGCCAAAGAUUCUAAUUUUGUGCCAUACAUAGUGGACCUGCACUGCGAUCUGGAGACCUGUCAGGGUAGAAAUUCGCACCAGCGCACCGAGAGCGAGAUCCGGGCGGUGCUGGAGAAUUGGUGCCCCACACCGCUGCAGUAUAUCAAACUGGAUGUGAGCACGCUACUCGAAAACGUUGUCGAGAUGGAAGACGUUGAGGAUAUGGCUACGGACGAUAAUGCCUGCGCCGGCGAUGGGCCAACUGCGGGACCAUCAGCGGCAUCCGAGGAUGCAGCUGUCGAGGGUACAGACGACAGCAAUAGCGGCGACGCCUCCAAUGAUUGCGGCUUCCUGAAAAGCAAAUGGGAAUGUGACACCACCGAGGAUAAUCUAGCCCGUUUGGAUGGCACCAAGCGCCUGAUGCAGAACCGACGGACCGCUAGCAUGGCCGAUUAUCUACAGCUGGAGGAUUGGGAACCACGCAGAACCUCGGCCAAUGGCAAGAAGAUUGUUCGUUGGGCGGACAUCGAGGAGAAGCGGUCGCAGGAAAAGAUGCGAGCCAUUGGCUUCGUUGUGGGUCAGACCGAUUGGAACCGCAUGAUGGACCCCAAUGCAGGCAGUCGGGCUUUGAAUAAAACCAAAUACAUUGAGCGUAUCAAGCGUCGCUAGACGCCAAUUACAGCCACGCAACAGAUACAAAAACAUAAAAAAAAAAAAAAAAAAACAAAAAAGAAAACUCACAGCAUUUCCACGUACCAAACACAGACCAUUUCCACAUACAUACGUACGUAUAUAUCGGGAUCAGGUCGCUUUAACAAAAGGCUCAAAGACCCCGAAUUACGUCUAAUCAUCUAUCAUCCCAAUGCCAUCAGUAUAAUUUUGCAACAAUCAGUAAUUUCUAGUGCUGCAUUUACAGAAACGAAACGAAUUCAAUUUCGUUGGCCCACACGAACAUCCGCGUUAGCAAAAACCUAGACAAAAUAGAAUAAAUAUGGAUGUGUUUUAAUUGUAAAUUAAAUCAAUUCGCUUCGAAACGAA